UUUUUGUACUUUCGAUAUUGAUAUUGAUAUGGAUAUGAUAUGGGAGACUGGUUGGUUUGGCUCAAAAUUCUAUAUUCCUUCCAUUUUAUAUACUAUCUCUUUUUAGAUUUUGAAGCAGUCUCUCCUUAUUUUAGGCACAAACUCCGCUCUCCUCUCUCUCUUCUUUGUUUGGGUUUUUGGUGGCUUAUUGGAGUUUCGUCUCUAAUAAGAAUCUCUCUUUUUGUGUGUUGUGCGUGUUCAGCCGCAAAACCUUCCCUCCGUUUCCCUUUCAAUGGAGUGAUAAAGUAAAAAAAAGGGAUGCGAUGACAUCAUUGUUGAGGCACCACCGACUCUGUCCUUUCUAUUCUUCUUCCUCUUCUUCUACAUUUUUGUAGUAUUCAAAGUCAACCUUUUCGUCUCUCUCUAAUGAACUUGUUUCUUUGAGGGCGGGAUGGAUUUGGGUUUUCGGGUUUUGCUUGCAUGCUUCAGUGAUGAUUUUUGAUUGUGCUUAAAGGUUUAUUUGUUAAAAAUUCUUUUUAUUAUUAUUAUUAUUUUAUUUUGUUGUUUUGAAAAUUCUGGGUCUUCGGUCUCGGUUUAGAUGAUGGUGGGAAUUGGGUCGUUUUCUUAGGGUUUACUUUUUGUUUUUAUUCAAUUUUUUGUGGUUUUAUUUAAAUUAGUUGAUGAAAUUAAAAAAAGGGUUGGUGAUAGGGAAUUUGGGGAUUUUGUGCCACUAUAAUGGUCAAUUUUUUCAGGCAAAACAGAGAAGGUAUUUUGCUUACUCAAUUUCUGAUUGGUGAGCAAUCUACUACAAAAUAUUGAUUUUUUGGUUGUAAGGUCAAUAUUAGAGGCAACUCGAAUAGGAUUUUGGGUUGGUGAAACUGGGUUUUGAUCAAGUUUUUCACUAUACUAUUUGAUUUGUAAUUUGAUCUUAGGUUAGUUUUUUGAUUUGAUUACGGAUUGCUGUUGUUGAUCAUUAAAUUUUAUUCGGGAUUCGACGACAAUGAUGAAAAAUUGAAUUUUAUGCCAAUAAGGUCUUUCUAGGAUAGUAAACAAGUGACUUGGAUUUGAGUUUUGUGAUUAUUUUUUGCUUUCUGGGAAUUUGAGGUUGUAUUUGUAUUUGGUUCUAUAUAAUGGAUUCAAGAACAAGUGAUGAUGCUGGGGGUGUCAUGGCAAAGGAGAAAUCUGAUAACCAAAGUGGUGUCAAUUCAAAGGUGAAAGGUACAGGAAGUGUUACUAGCAAAGAUAUGCUUUUUCGAGCCGAUAAAAUCGAUCUAAAGAGCUUGGAUGUACAGCUGGAGAGGCACCUUAGCAAGGUUUGGUCAAAGAGCAUGGAGCCCCAGAGGGCAAAAGAAGAUUGGGAGAUUGAUUUGUCUAAAUUGGACAUAAAGCAUGUGGUAGCCCAUGGAACUUAUGGAACUGUGUAUCGUGGUACAUAUGAUAACCAAGAAGUAGCAGUGAAGCUAUUGGACUGGGGUGAGGAUGGUAUUGCCACAACUGCUGAAACAGUUGCUCUGCGGACAUCAUUUCGGCAAGAGGUUGCUGUUUGGCACAAGCUCACCCAUCCUAACGUCACAAAAUUUGUUGGAGCAUCAAUGGGAACAUCAAAUCUCAAAGUUCCUGCUAAGGAUGGUCAAACUUCCUUCCCUUCAAGGGCAUGUUGUGUGGUUGUUGAGUAUCUCCCUGGUGGGACACUAAAACAAUACUUGAUAAGGAAUAGGCGAAGGAAGCUUGCUUAUAAGGUGGUGAUCCAAAUCGCUCUGGAUCUCUCUAGGGGACUUAGCUAUCUACAUUCAAAGAAGAUUGUGCAUCGAGAUGUCAAAACAGAAAACAUGCUACUGGAUGCUCAUCGAACCCUUAAAAUUGCUGAUUUUGGUGUUGCCCGUGUUGAAGCACAGAAUCCAAGGGACAUGACUGGUGAAACUGGUACACUUGGAUACAUGGCCCCAGAGGUUCUUGAUGGCAAACCGUAUAAUAGACGUUGUGAUGUCUACAGCUUUGGCAUAUGCUUGUGGGAAAUUUAUUGUUGUGAUAUGCCAUAUCCUGAUCUUAGCUUUGCUGAUGUGUCAUCUGCUGUUGUUCGACAGGUUAGUUCACAGAGCAGUAAUUAUUUCUUCGCAUAACUUGAUGCUUCACUUGCAAUAUUAUGACCUAAGUGGACCUAAUAAUUUACGACCGGAGAUCCCUAGGUGCUGUCCAAGUUCUUUAGCAAGCAUAAUGCGAAAAUGCUGGGAUGCAAAUCCAGAAAAACGUCCUGAAAUGUCUGACGUGGUGCGUAUGUUAGAAAAUAUUGAUACAAGCAAGGGAGGAGGGAUGAUACCCGAUGACCAUUCACCUGGUGGCUGUUUCUGUUUUGCCCCUGCUCGCGGCCCCUGAUUUCCUCAUUACCUCUUUUCCUUGUGUCUUUUUGUUUCUCGUUUCAAUUUAAAAGGCACAGACAAUCAUGUCAACAAGCUUUCAAUUGGUUGUUACCUGACAUUUUUCUUCACAGUAUUAAAAACAAGCUAUAAGGUUCAUAAAGUUCUACAUUUUUACUAGAUCAUUGUUUGAGUGGUUCUCUCAUAUUGUAGAAGGUCAAGGAUUCAAACCUAUCCGCAUGUUAAAAGUUUCCAAUGUACAAAGGGAAAUAGAAAAAGUUUUGACUGAU